AUGCUGUUUGUUUUCUACUGCUUUGUUCUCACCGUUUUGGCUUCUCUAAUAAUACCAGAAGGACAAGGUAAUUGCCGCAAUUUAAAGUUUACCAGUUUUCAUAAACUUGGCUUCCGGUUGGAGAAUCACACGGUUCGAACUAUUGACGUUGUCAACGAGGAUCUCUGCAUGUUUCAAUGCUACUUGGAACCUAACUGCGUCAGUUAUAACUUCUAUAAGAUAAAACAUUCGUCUGGAAAACAUAAGUGUGAUCUGAAUAACGCGACUAUUGAACACGAUGAAGACCUGGUGGAAAACAAAAGUUGUAUUUACCGCGGAGCAGAGAAUGCUUGUAAGCAGAAUCCCUGCAAGAAUAAUGCAACAUGCCAAGCUGGCUUUACAGACAGAGACUAUCAGUGUUUGUGUGUUGAUGGAUCUGGAUUUAAAGGCCAUAAAUGUGAUGAGGACAUAGACGAGUGCUUGUCUGGUAAACAUGGCUGUGAGGGUAAUACGACAUGCGAUAACACCAUUGGAUCGUACUGCUGCAGGUGCAAGAAAGGAUAUCAGGGAAAUAAGACAAACUGUACUGAUAUAGAUGAGUGUUUGAACGGAACACACAGUUGUGAUGUGAAUGCUGAGUGUAACAAUACCCUGGGAUCUUACAAGUGCACGUGUAAAAAUGGAUUUCAAGGAAAUGGAACUAAAUGCACUGAGAAAGUAUGGUCUGUUAUCAUUUGCGAAGAGGAAAAAAGAACCAUAAGUUGUGAAAAUGACCGAAGAAUUAUCAACGUUGUGGCUGCAAAUUAUGGUAGACUGGACUCAAACACUUGCCAUCAUUCCGCAGUUAGCGAUACAAACUGCAAAGCUGCGAACUCUCUUGUCAUUGUGCGGAAGAAGUGCGACGAAGAAGCUAGUUGCGAGUUGCACGCACAGAGUUCAGUUUUUGGUGGUGAUCCAUGCCCCAAUACAUUUAAAUACUUGGAAGUCAAAUACAAGUGUGUGAAUUUAGAUUUACGUUGUCAAAGAACUCUUGGUAUGGAAAGUGAUGGAAUCACUGAUGAGCAGAUAAGUUUCUCCUCCCGAAAAAGGAAUGACACAAAAAUUGUAAGAUUACAUCACACAGGGACGACUUGGAUAGCUGAUAAGAAGGAUAUUAAUCCAUGGCUUCAGGUCGAUCUCAGGGCCCAAAACACUAAAGUAACACGAGUAGCAACACAGGGAUCCCAUCAAAAGAAAAAAAGGGUGAAGAAGUACAAGCUACAAUACAGCAACUAUGGAGUGAGAUUUCAAAACUACAAGGAACAAGGAGAAACCAUAUCAAAGGAAUUUGACGGAAACACAGACAAGAACAAUGUUGUUUAUCACGACCUGAACCCACCAAUCACAGCAAGGUACAUACGUUUUCUACCAGUGGAGUGGGAAGGCGAGAUAUCAAUAAGAGUGGAACUGUAUGGAUGCGUGAAAGAAUGUGGAAGAUUUCUUGGCAUGCAAAGCGGUGAAAUCUCUGAUGGACAAUUAAGCGCCUCUUCAGAGAGAGACUCUAAACACUCCGCCACUCAGAGCAGACUUUAUGUUGUAAAUCCUGACGGAGUGGGAUCUUGGGCAGCUGCAAAGAAUGAUACGGAUCAGUGGCUCCAAGUUGAUCUGGUUAUUCUGCACACUCAAGUGACACGUGUAGCAACACAAGGAAGUAAUGGACACCAGAGGGAGUGGGUUACAAAGUACAAUCUACAGUACGGCAACGAUACAGAAAGGUUCUACAAUUAUUCAGUCCCAGGACAAAACAAAACGAAGAUUUUUGCUGGAAACAUGGAUCAGAAUACCGUGGUUUAUCACGACCUUAACCCACCAAUAACAGCGCGUUACAUUCGAUUUAAACCAGUGGAGUGGCAGGACUGGAUGUCAAUGAGGGUAGAACUGUAUGGCUGUGUACAAGGAUUUACAGCUGUGUUUACAAAUCUUGGAAAGACUGGAUCAGAGGGUCCAAAGUCGAUUGGUUGUCAUUACAAAGAUCAAGACCAUGACGGACAAGUAACAGUGUCCAGUGGUAUUCAACUGUGGACUGUGCCACGCACUGGUAAAUACAGAAUAGAAGCAAUAGGAGCCUCAGGGGGGUACAGUGAGGACAGUUUUAUCGAAACCGGAGGAAGAGGGGCACGACUGAUUGGAAACUUUAAUUUGACCAAAGAUGAGAUCAUUCAUGUACUUGUUGGUCAAAAAGGGGAAAAAGGGAAUUCAAACCCAAAAACUGCCGGAGGUGGAGGAGGUACAUUUGUAGUGAGAGAAAACAACAUUUCCUUAAUCAUAGCUGGAGGUGGAGGGGGAAUUAAAAAGAUAUCGGAACAACAUCCAGGGUGUGAUGCGUCCAUAAACACAACAGGAAAUGCAGGGAACAACUGGCCAUUGGGGACAGGAGGAAGUAACGGACAUGGAGGAAAAACGAGUGGUGGCGGCGGCGGCGGCGGCUUCUACAGUAAUGGACAAAGUUCUCGGAGCGGUUCUGGUCGAGGAGGUAAAGGAUAUCUUCAAGGAGGAGAGGGUGGAAAUGGUAAGGGUGGGUUUGGAGGUGGCGGUGGUUUACGUGGAGGUAACCGUGGAGCUGGAGGCGGUGGAGGUUACUCUGGAGGAAAUGGUGGAGCUAAUGAACAGUUUUCUUGUGGAGGAGGGGGUGGAUCUUUUAACAAUGGGACAAAUCAGCAGAAUGAAUGUUGUUUUAACAGGUAUGGACAUGGUAGAGUGAUCAUCACGUUUCUUCAGUGACAUGCCCUUGGCAGCACUUUCUCUAACGUGUAAGGCUAAUUCUGUUCUGAAGGCUGAUUGUUGUUAGUCUUUAAACUCAGGAAUUGAAUAAUAUUUUGUUUAAUGUUCAAGGUCAGUUACUGAGCGCUUUAAGGUGUUGGCCAAACGGUGCAACCUGAGGAAUUAAAGUCAUUUGUUUUUGA